AUGUCCGAAAUUCAGCCAAGUUCCUAUGUCGGUUUCGACACGAUCACUAACCAGAUCGAACAUAGAUUAUUGAAGAAAGGUUUCCAAUUCAACAUUAUGGUUGUAGGUAAUUCUGGUCUAGGUAAAUCCACCUUGAUCAAUACCCUGUUUGCCUCUCAUUUAGUCGAUUCGAAGACAGGUGACGAUAUUUCAAAUUUACCUAUCACACAAACUACUGAGAUCAAGAUCUCUCAACAUACUUUGAUCGAAGAUAGAGUCAAAUUGAACAUUAAUAUCAUUGACACUCCAGGGUUUGGUGAUCAAAUCAAUAACAAUAAAGCCUGGGAGCCAAUUGUUAAAUAUAUCAAAGAACAACAUUCAAACUAUUUGCGUAAGGAAUUGACAGCACAGAGAGAAAAAUUCAUUAAGGAUACUAGAGUCCAUGUCAUCCUUUAUUUCAUUGAACCAACCGCUACAAAACAUUUGACACCUUUAGAUGUCGCAACUCUAAGAAGAGUCUCUGAGAUUGCUAAUGUUAUACCUGUCAUUGGUAAGGCUGAUACUUUGACCAUGACAGAAAGAGAAUCAUAUAGAGAAAUCAUACAGAACGAUUUUAAGAAUUAUGAUUUAAACAUCUAUCCUUAUGACUUAGAAGAGCUGACUGAAGAUGAGCUUGAAUUGAAUAGUAGUAUCAGAUCUAUUAUUCCAUUUGCUGUGGUUGGUUCUGAGAAAGAUAUAGAGAUUGACGGUGAAACUGUCAGAGGUAGAAAAACUCGUUGGGGUGCCAUCAAUGUUGAAGAUAUAAAUCAAUGUGAAUUUGUGUAUUUGAGAGAAUUUUUGAUUCGAACACAUUUACAAGAUUUAAUUGAAACAACGUCGUUUAUUCAUUAUGAAAAAUUCAGAUCGAGACAAUUGAUUGCAUUAAAAGAAAAUGCAAGUAAUCGUCAAUCAUCUACUCAAAUGCAACAGCAACAACAACAACAAGCACAACAACAAGCUGCUUAA